AUGACGCAGAAGUGGGCUGCGAAGCGGAAGAUGCAGUUCCUCUCGGAGAAAUGUGAGGUGGUACACAUUGGAAAGACAUACUCUAAGGCAGAGUACAAUGUAAAUGGCAGGAUAACUGUAUCACAGAUUCGUCAUUCUUACGAAACAUGUCACCGAAAGUCUAAUCUGUCCGAUCUUAAGCGAAUGCACAGCGAUCUCCGUCACCAGUUCACUGAGAUGGAAACGAAGUACAGAUCUGUCAACGAAACCAAGGCUCAAAUCUGUGAAUUGUUGACCAGCAGAAGAGAGCAAACGUGUUCCGAGGACUGGGUCACAAAUGGAGAUCGGUGUUAUUACGCAUCCAAGUUUGAAACAUCUUUCCGCCAAGCGAUUCAAGAAUGUUCAAACCGUGAUUCAAGGCUGCUGGAAGUCAAUACAAGGGAUGAAGCGAACUUUGUAUCGCACAGAGUUUUGUAUCUACAGCGUGCAUUCUGGAUUGGAAAAUGCGAACUUAGGAAUGUGAGCUUGGGCCUCCUGCUCAAAGUGUCCCCGGGUCAGUCCGUCUGCAUGUACUGCGAGCCGUACGGAAGAGGUCUCCCUUGCGAUCGUGUUCACCGUUUCAUCUGCGAAAAGUCGGCACUUUUGUUCCCGGAUAUUCCUGAAAAGAUCCAGGAUCUCUGCCAACAGUCGACAUGA